GCGACUGCGCACAGUCUAAUGCGCGGAGGGGAGAGAAUUGCGCAUGCGCGCAUGUCUCCCGGGACACUAGAGCAGGCGAUACCCUGGCUGCUCCGGUAGGUUUGGCGUGCGCGGGUUUUUGCAGAUCUAGGGCGAGCUUACACGUUACAUCACCGAUGCAUCUCUUCUUGCUUGCUUAAUUUGCCAACACUUAGGCCUUUCUUGCAGAAUUCGCCAUAUACUCCUAAGGGCCGCGGAAUCGGAGCAACCUUGUUGACUGAUUGGCAAACUCUCGGCAGAUGUGCGUGCACUGGUUGGAUGCAGUGGUUGUAGGCGAUUUAAUUUUUCCCAGCUUUGCAGCGACUGUUGGCCCUGUUAGCUUCCCAGAACGGAUCUCCCCAGCCUCGACUGGAAGCUGAGGGACAAAAAUUCUUAAAAGCAAUUACUCUUUCCCGGCGAGGCUUCUAGAAGAGCAAGAAUAGCGAUAUAAUUACACCUGCAGGCCUAUAGUCGUGGCCUGUUAACGUUCCUGUGUUUUUCAGUGCCAGAAUGAGUGACCGCUAUUUAGAACAAAGGAUUAGUAUCAAAUUUUGCGUGAAAUUGAACAAGUCUGCAAGUGAGACCCACCAUCUUUUAAAAGAAGCUUAUGGGGAAGAAGUCAUGUCAAGGGCCAGAGUUUUUGACUGGCACAAAAGGUUUAAAGAAGGACGGGAAGAUGUUCGAGAUGAUGCCAGAAGUGGGCGUCCGGUCACCCACCGAACAGAUGACAAUAUCCAGAAGGUCAAGGACUUGGUUUGUUCAAACAGGCAGUUAACCGUGAGGAUGAUGGCUGAAGAGUUAAAUUUAGACAAAGAAACUGUUAGGCUCAUUUUGAAAGAAAACUUGAACAUGAGGAAGGUUUCUGCAAAAGUUAUUUCGGGUGUUUUGAAGGGUGAGCCUAAACCACGAAAACUUGACUUUCAGUCCAAUCUUUCAAAGGAAACUAGGAAAAAUAGCUCAUGUUUGAGGAAAAAGGUAACAGGUUCUGAAACAUGGAGUUAUCUCCAGGGUGAAGCUGAUGGGGAAAUGCCCCUGUCCGUAUCCCAUCCCAGAGUCCACUACCCUGCCAGCCAGCUUCUGCAGGAGUCAUCUUCAACAAGCCUUGCCCCCAGGGUAGCUGAGGAUUGGUUCACCCCAUGGUGAGAGGAAUGAGAAGCUCCGCCUAACCACAGGAGAUCAAGCCUGGCUUUCUGUGGGAUGUCAGUAGGAGAGCUGGCCAUCUGCAAACUUUCUGAAGCUUAACACCAUUGGUCAAUGACGCU